AUGUCUACUUUUAUAGCUAACAGUAUCGGGUCCAUUGUCUCUAUUGUUGCAAGAUUUUUCUCUUUCCGACGCCGUCCUAAGUCAAACCCACGACCCACCACACAUAUCAGCUACUUCAGGAUGUCUAAGAAACGCCCACUUUCUUUGCAGACGGUUGACCUCAAGGUCAGGAUGUGUUGCACUGGUUGUGUGAGGAUCGUUAGGAAGGCAAUCUCAAAACUUCGAGGAGUUGAUUCAGUAGAGGUGGAGAGAGAGAUGGGAAGAGUGAGAGUGGUGGGAUACGUCGACAGAAACAAAGUACUCAAAGCCGUGAGACGAGCCGGGAAGAGAGCUGAGUUUUGGCCAUACCCUGAGCCUCCACUUUACUUCACAUCUACUCGAAACUAUUUCGUAGAUCCCUCAAAAGAGUUUAAAGAGAGCUAUAACUAUUACAGACAUGGCUACAAUGGUACAGAUCAACAUGGUAAUAUCCCUGUAGGUUGUCGUGGAGACGACAGGGUUAGUAACAUGUUUAAUGACGAUAACGUCAAUGCAUGCCGCCUCAUGUAG